AGAACUGCACCAUGUUUUGUGUGAUGUCAUACUGCCUGCAUGCUGAUUGGACAGCACAGAGUUUGUGAUGUCAUGCAGCAAGAGCAGUGGAGGUGGAACGCGGCACCUGGUGCCACAAAGAGAAUGAGGAGGUUGUUCCUCUUUCUUCUGGCCCUCAUCACAGUCAGGCUUGCACUCACCGCAGAGGACUCCUGCAGAAGGAUUUGUGGAAGGCGGCCCUUGGCUCCCAGCUAUGAGGAUUCCAUCGGGGUUGCAGGAGGCACCGACGCGCUGCCAGGGACCUGGCCCUGGAUGGUCAGCAUCCGGGCCCCUUUCCGGUCAGGUUACCAGCAUACCUGUGGAGGCUCACUCAUCACCACCAGAUGGAUUCUCACUGCAGCCCACUGCUUUAACGAAACCAGCCCCCUAACAAGCUGGCAGUUGAUGUUUGGUGCUACCGAGCUCUCCCGGCCUGGCCCCGAUGCCCAGGUACGCUCCCCGAAGAGAAUGGUGAAGCAUGAGAACUACCAGUCACACCAGGAAAUCAAUGACAUCGCCCUGAUAGAGCUGGACACGCCAGUCCAGUGCAAUAAUUACAUCCAGCCAGCCUGCCUGCCAGGGAGUUCUGUGGACGUGUCCGCCUUGACCGACUGCUUCGUCGCUGGGUGGGGCUACACCCGAGAGCAAUCUGUGGCUCCAUCUGACAUCCUGAAGGAGGCCAAGGUGGAUCUAAUUCCCACCGACACCUGCAACAGCAGCAGCUGGUACUAUGGGAGCAUAAGAACCAACAACCUGUGUGCAGGAUUUGAGGGAGGAGGCAUCGACACUUGCCAGGGAGACGCCGGUGGUCCCCUCAUGUGCAGGAGAGACGAGUCCAAGCUCUUCUGGGUCAUUGGAGUCACCAGUUGGGGGACCGGGUGUGCCAGGGCCCGGAAGCCGGGGGUCUAUACGUCCACCCAGAACUUCUACGAAUGGAUCCGCGGCCACGUCAAGGAAGAUAUCGCCCCCAGAACCACCACACACCUGCCGCCUCUGCAGCCACCGCCAGCGGGCCAUUUGCAAGCACAACCACCUCCCCAAUUCCAAGGAGAAGACGGGUCCAAGACAUCAGGCAAGACCGCACGCCAGGAUGAAGCCCAGCAGCCUGCAUCCAGGGCCUCCUCUCAGGCCAGGACCUCCACCCUGAGGCCUGCAACCAGCUCUCCACCCCAGCCCCAGCGACCAGCCCCACCCAGAUGGAAACAGCCCCCAAAGCGCAACAAGCCAGUUGUGUCAAGUGUUGGCUACUUCAGCAGCUGGGACGAGAGUUGGCCCAGGUUUGGGCACAGCAUACAGUUCAGCUCAGCAAGACCAACCCAGCGCAAGCCCAAGGGCCAUUAGCACAGCACCAGGCACUUUAUUAACAGGGUACAAGUUCUUGUUUGCAAGCAGAGUAUUUUACAAUGGAACAGUUAGAAGUAGCCAACCUAUGUAGCACUUGAUAAAAUAGCCACACUUAAAAAUAAAAUAAACAGAUACAAAAGCUA